CGUACGCGCCCCGUUAAAGCGUAAUUACUGCGUCGUUAUUACAACCGAAACACUUUACAAUGCUGAUGUGUGACGUCACACGGCGUCAGUACGGAAUUCCCACAUUCAUUUUACCCUUUAAAGGUGUUUUUGUUGUUAUUUAUUUGAAAACGUUAUAUUCACUUGUGAACCUUUUUACACUGAUGUGAUUGACAGGUGUUUUAUUACAGCUCCAGCCAAUCACCUGCUGCAUCACCUGCUGCAUCACCUGCUCCAUCACCUGCUCCAUCACCUGGAUAACAUUUAGCAUGGGGCGAAUCCUCUCUAACUAGCAGGGUGUCUUAUUUUUAACUAUUAUUAUUUAUUAGGCGCACGGUGGCUUAGUGGUUAGCACGUUCGCCUCCCACCUCCAGUCUCGGGGGCUCGAUUCACACUGUGGCCCUGUGUGUGUGUGUGUGUGUGUGUGUGUGUAUGUGUAUGUGUGUGUGUGGGGAGUUAGUAUGUUCUCCCCGUGCACCCAGCCCUAAAGAGAUGAAUUAAAGUGAGAGACAUUCAGCAUCAUUCACUCAGCUGUGCAUGUUCUUCUUCCUUUCUUUCUGCAAUAAUAGUGUGUAUCUAUAUUAGUGUGUGUGUGUGUGUGUGUGUGUGUUAUUUGCAUGUCUCUGAUUGACUUUCUGAAUAAUAGUUAUAUAUUUCCUCUUUACUCUGUAUCAUUACUGUAUUUUGCACUACAUCUUGCUCAGUGGUUAAACAUUGUCAUUAUUUUAUUUGUUAUUGUUUAUUCUUUUAUUUCUACUGAAUUAUCUGUUCAUUAUACUGUACACGGAAGCAUGUAUAUGACAGUAAAUUUCUUGAAUCUUGACUCAGGAGUGAAGGUGGGGAUGACUUUUUUUAUAUUUAUUUGUAUAUUUUUUUAAACAUAUUUAUAUAUUUAUAUACAGUGCUUACAGUACAGAUAGGGAAACAGGUCUAAAAGACAAUGUACAUUCUUUUCCACUUUACCCAAAGCCCAUUCAUUAAUCCUGUUAGGAACUCACUUCCGGCUUCAGCCAUGACGUAAUUUCCCACCUCACUGUCUCCACCUAGUGGCUGUGUGCGUGACUGCGAGCUUUAAACUUCCUUCGUGUGUUAAAUCCAGUUCAGGGUUCCAGCUACACUCAUCUAUCCAAAUCUACCCAAUCAUAACUAGUUUGAGGUUCUGUUUAUUACCAAACUGUGAUAGAUUCUUAAAUAAUAAAAGCGUUAACGUGUCUAUUUGUGCUUUAUUGUGCAAUAAUUGUGUAAUUCCACCAAAUCUCCGCCCACUCCGGCAACCACUUAUUAGAAAGGGGGAGAGAAAGCGCAUGUUUACUGUACACAGGACCUCGGAAGUGUUUUAAGAAGAUAAAAGUUUAAAGUGGAGAAGAAGGUGAAGAGGAAGAUGUUCCUCCGUGCAGCUGUGGUGUGUGUGGUGGUGUGUGUGGUGCUGCUGGGACUUGGGAAGACUCUGGUGAAGACAGAAGAGCAGUUCUGUUCUGAUGGACUCACAAACACUAAAUGUAAACAAAAACCCCACAGUCUUUAUCAAGAGGAGGUCGAUUCGGUGAGUUAUGAGCAAUUAAAGCAGAUGUUGACAGCUGGAAAUCUGCAGCUGUUUGAUGUUCGUGAACCAGAUGAGUUUAAGGAGGGAGCCAUUCCAGGAGCAACUAAUAUUCCAUUGUCUGAGGUGCAGCAGGCAUUCACACUGACUCCAGAUCAGUUCACUCAGCUUUACGGUGUCCCGAUGCCUGAGAAACACUUCUCGGAUGUGAUGCUGUACUGCCAGAGGGGGCGCCGCAGUCUCACUGCACUGCACACUGUACACACACUGGGCUACAGCAGAGCACGUCAUUAUGUUGGAGGUUAUAGCGAGUGGCUCGAACGUGAAUCUCAGUGAAACGAGCAGACUGUUCUGGGAUCACACACAUUUCAGCAGGACCUGAUCCCAGACCUGUGUGUGUGUGUGUGGGGGCGGGGGCGGGGGGGGGGGGGGUGUCAGUGUUCAUUCAGGUGACAGAAGAGGUUCAGUAAGAAGAGGUUCAGUAAGAAGAGGUUCAGUAAUAAGACCUCAGACUGUUCUCUGUGCUACUUUUACAUUUAUUUAUACAGCAGAAAGAAAGAGAGAAGUAACAGUCUGGGGUUUUCUGCAGAGGUCACGGUUAUCUGUUUAUUUUUUGUAGAAUGUGAAAUAUUGGACAUUAUUAAAGUCAGGAGUGUUGUAA